UCGCACAGCCACUCGGCAAGCCGGUGACGCAAUAAUUUAGGUUGUCAACACAUGGCAAUCGGGCGCUUGCGUAAUACCAUUGUUUAGCAGAUCAGAAUGUUAAUGACUGUUUAACUUUAUCAAAAUUUUAGCCACAAAUCUCGCUUCGAAACAACGGUAGACAAUGGCUGAUCAGCAGCAGUUUUUCCUAAAAUGGAACGACUUUCAAAGUAACAUGGUGUCGUCGUUCCGGCACCUGCGGGACGAGAAGAGCUUCACGGACGUUACGCUGGCCUGCGAGGGCCAGACGUGUAAAGCGCACAAAAUGGUCCUCUCGGCCUGCAGCCCCUACUUUAAGAGCUUACUAGAGGAGAAUCCGUCGAAGCACCCCAUUAUUAUACUCAAAGACGUGGCGUACAGCCACCUGCAGGCGAUUUUAGAGUUUAUGUACGCGGGAGAGGUGAAUGUGAGCCAGGAGCAGCUGCCGGCCUUCCUCAAAACGGCAGAUAGACUCAAAGUGAAAGGCCUGGCGGAGGCGCCCCAAGCAAUCAAGCGGGAAUAAAUAAUCUUAAGGGAAUUUUAUUACACGUCACUUUGCAACUAGUUUUCUGUAGAUAUGUGGUGCCUUACUUUUGUUUCAACAGUGCGCCUCACACAAUGUUCCUAGGUGGUUUCUUGCAGUUGCCAAAUAAUUCUCAACCCCUAUGUCUACAGGAAAUUACUUGCACUUGGCGUCCUCCCUGGCGCUGGGAAUUGCCUUUGGGGGCGAAUUGCCAGCGUCGGGGAGGACGCCCGAUAUAUUUCUUUUUACGGACAAUUUGAUAUGCAUUUUGCGGGGUAAUCUUAAGUAAAAAGGAAUAUAUUUUCGGGGGAUAUUACUAGCAUGUUUUGUAAAAGAUUUUUAUAUGAGUUUGUUUUAUAGUUUUAUACCUAAGCAUCUAAGGGUUCAUUUGAAUAGUGUAACGAUUUUAUAUUUUUGAUAGUCGCUCUAUAAUAAGUUGCAGAACUUGGAAUAUGUUGAACAAUUACCACGUUGUUACCACUUGACUUUUCCGACUUUGUGUUUUCCUAGCAUUGUAAUUCGAUUGUAAUAAAAUGUUGUACAUUA